CAAUAGCAAUUGAUCCAAAUUACAAAAAUCUUGAGUUUGAGAGUGCUAUGUUAAAUUGUCAAGAUUGUCUUAGAUUAGAAUAUGAUCAAAUUACAAUAGCUCAACAAAAUAUAACAAAUAAGAAUAAGGUUGAUCAAUAUCUUAUGAUAAAAUCGAUUGAACCUUUAGACAAUUCUCUCUAG